GCAUUUGUAUGUCAUUUGAGACUCCUCCGUGGCUGCAGUGCAGACAUCCAUGAUGCGGGCUGUCAUCGUGCUGCUGAUCGCUCUCCUGUGCCUGGGCUCUGCUCAGGGUGGGAAGCUGCUAGUGAUCCCAACAGACGGCAGCCCCUGGAGAGGUAUUAAGCUCCUGGUGGAGGAACUGGGACGAAGGGGUCACCAGGUGGUGGUCGUGAUCCCAGAGGUCAGUCUCAGCUUGGGCCCCUCCGAAAACACAACCACUCUGACCUUUCCCGUACCGUACUCCCAGGAAAGCUUUGACAAGGAGUUUGACGAAGACCUGCUCCAAUUGACGAACACGGAUGUCUCCACUGAUGUGGCGAGGUUCAGGAACUACUGGGACACCCUGGACAUGCUGAGUGAUUACAUUAUGAUGGCCUGCGAAAGCAUGCUGUACAACAAGCAGCUGAUGCAGACCUUACGGGACUAUGAGUUUGAUGCUCUGCUAAUUGACCCUUUCUGGCCUGUUGGAAUUAUUGUUGGGAAUUACCUGGACAUUCCGUCCGUCUACAUGAGUGGUCCUUAUCCUUGCCCCCUUGACAUUAUAUCCACCAGAUGUCCUCACCCUGUUUCAUAUCUGCCACUACGCUACACACACUACAGCAAUCGCAUGACCUUGUGGGAGAGGACCGUCAACCUGCUGAGGUCCUUACUGGAGCCUGCGGCCUGCAGUCGUCUUUACGUUCAUGCAGACAAGAUGGCGUCUGAUUUCCUGCAGAGGGACACAUCCAUUGUGGAGCUGGCGAGUAACGCAGCACUGUGGCUCGUUCGGUUUGACUUCACCUAUGAGUUCCCCAUGCCUCUGAUGCCCAACAUGGUCAUGAUUGGUGGGAUUAUGCCUACAAAGCCAAAACCGCUACCACAGGUAUGUUUGAGAGCCAAAAUUGAGAUUCUCAUUUAA